CGGACAGCACCCCGCUCCUGCCGAGCGCCCGGCAGACCGAAGCGGUACUUAAGUGCGCCUAAAGCAAACUGACCAUCCGGGAUUUAAACCAACACCAGCUACUGAACUGCGUGUGUUGAGCCAGAUUUCCUUCUUUCCUCAUUGUAUCAACAUUCUGUGGGCCGUGUGGUUGGCAAAGAAUCCCACAGUCGGCACUCAACGUGAGGGCCUCGACCAUCAGAGCUGUUUUAUGCUUGCCCUUGGUCUCCUAAGUGGUCAGACCCUGGCAAGGGAGGAAUUUAGCCGUGGCUCACGAGAUCCUAUCUACUGAAGGCAUUGUUUGUCACAGCAUUGCAAGUUUCUGGUGCACAAUUAGUAAAAAUGAACAAAGUCCCCGAUGGCUCCCGUUUCUGUGCAUGUGAACAGGACAGCAUCCUGGAGACCAUAGGACAAAUGAAGCAUCUAAAGAUAGGUGACAACCCCAUCAAGAGGAAGACUCCAGUAUGCUGCUCUGCCCGGUACAACCUAGCGCUUUUGGCCUUCUGCGGAUUCUUUGUUCUCUAUGCAUUACGGGUGAACCUGAGUGUCGCGUUAGUGGACAUGGUAGAUUCAAAUACAACUCUGACGGAUAAUAGGACUUCUAAGGAGUGUGCGGAACAUUCUGCCCCCAUAAAAGUACACCAUAAUCACACAGGUAAAAAGUACCAGUGGGAUGCAGAAACCCAAGGGUGGAUUCUCGGCUCCUUUUUUUACGGCUACAUCCUCACACAGAUCCCUGGGGGGUACAUUGCCAGCAGAGUCGGGGGGAAGCUGCUGCUGGGCUUCGGCAUCUUAGGCACCGCCGUCUUCACCCUGUUCACGCCGCUGGCCGCGGACCUAGGAGUGGUGACCCUUAUCGUGCUUAGAGCGCUGGAAGGGCUAGGAGAGGGCGUUACAUUCCCAGCCAUGCAUGCCAUGUGGUCAUCCUGGGCUCCGCCUCUCGAAAGAAGCAAGCUACUUACCAUAUCCUAUGCAGGAGCACAGCUUGGGACAGUAAUCUCACUUCCUCUUUCCGGAAUAAUUUGCUACUAUAUGAACUGGACUUACGUCUUCUAUCUUUUUGGUAUAGUUGGAAUUGUCUGGUUUAUUUUAUGGAUGUGGAUAGUCAGUGAUACACCAGAAACUCACAGGACAAUCUCCCAUUAUGAAAAAGAAUACAUUGUUUCAUCAUUAAAAAAUCAGCUUUCUUCACAGAAGGUGGUGCCGUGGGUGUCCAUCUUGAAGUCACUGCCACUUUGGGCAAUUGUAGUAGCACAUUUUUCCUACAACUGGACCUUUUACACUUUAUUGACGUUAUUGCCGACCUACAUGAAAGAAAUCCUAAGGUUCAACGUUCAAGAGAACGGGUUUUUAUCUGCGUUGCCUUAUUUUGGCUGCUGGUUAUGCAUGAUUCUCUGUGGUCAAGCUGCUGAUUAUUUACGGGUCAAGUGGAACUUUUCAACUCUAAGCGUUCGGAGAAUUUUUACCCUCGUAGGAAUGGUUGGCCCUGCAGUUUUCCUAGUCGCGGCUGGAUUUAUAGGCUGUAACUAUUCUUUGGCUGUUGUGUUCCUAACCAUAUCCACGACGCUGGGAGGCUUCGCCUCUUCCGGGUUUAGCAUCAACCAUUUGGAUAUCGCUCCUUCGUAUGCCGGCAUCCUCCUGGGCAUCACGAACACAUUCGCCACAAUUCCUGGGAUGAUUGGACCCAUCAUUGCCAAAAGUCUGACCCCUGAUAAUACUAUUAGGGAAUGGCAGACUGUCUUCUGCAUCGCUGCUGCUAUUAACGUGUUCGGUGCCAUUUUCUUCACGCUGUUUGCCAAAGGGGAGGUGCAGAACUGGGCUCUCAGUGACCACCAUGGACACAGAAACUGAAGACAACAAACAAUAAUUAAUGUAUUUUUAUUUAUCAUGGAAACUGAAAGUGCCUUUGGUAUUUAAAUGUGUAAGCAUUCAGUGUGAGAGGGGAAAAAAGUACUUAUAUUUGUAAGGUAAUCAUGAAAUGUUACUAGUUCCAAGAUCAUUAAAAAUGAGUGGGUGGGCUGGAGAGAUGGCUCAGCGGUUAAGAGCACUGACUGCUCUUCCCGAGGUCCUGAGUUCAAUUCCCAGCAGCCAUGCCACACAGAUGGUGGCUCACAAUCGUCUGUAAUGGGCAUCCGAUGCUGUCUUCUGGUGUGUCUGAAGACAGGUACAGUGUACCCACAUAUAUGAAAUAAAUAAAUAAAUAAAUAAAUAAGUCUUUAAAAAAAAAGGAAGAAGAGGCUGGUCCUCUUUUGAAAAAAAAAUAAAAUGAGCUGUUUUUAAUUUAAUUAUUACUAAUAUAUAACUGCCAGACCUUACACUGGGUUCACAUACCAGGCUGCAAGUAGGGCAGCACGGUAUACAGUAAGGGCUCAGGAAAUGAAGCUGAAAUGGAUUCGCGCGCACGCACGCACGCACGCACGCACGCAUACACACACACACACACACACACACACACACUGACAUGCUUGUUUAAUUAAAUUAAAUAAAUCAUCCCAGAUCUUAUUAAAUACCUGUUUUUGUCUACUUCCCUUAUAAAAAUGGUUGCCAACUCUCCCUAACACAUAGAUCUCAAUAACAUCCCCAUAAAGCUGCCAGCCACAGUAAGAACUGGCAACUGGCAAAGGCCCUGGAGGGCCCAUGCCCAGGCAGCUGCUAGGCAUUCCCUCGCUGGCUGCUGGCUGCAGAGCUGGAAUGCCCAUCACUUAUCAGGGGUGGCUUCCAAGUGCAGCCAAUGACAAGUGUUUGGCUGUCACUCUUGCCCCGCGGCUGUUAAUGUGUAGAUAAACCCUCGGUGGAGCGGAGCAGUGGGACCCGUGGCUGCUGUCUUGACACUGCCAGCCUGCCUUGGCAGCACCCAGGCCUGAGUACUGGCAGGUGAGGGACUAAGCAGAAGCGUGGUACCCAGUCAAUCACAGAGAAUGCCAUCCUUGAUUAAAUGACUGGCCCAUGAAUCAGAGAAGACAUUUUCACAUUCAGGUUUUUCUAGCUAGGUUAGAAUUUUUUUAAAUUUCUUUUCUUCAGUCUGUCUUGAUUUGUGCUUCCGGUUACAGUUUAAAGUGACUUUCAGGGGUUUGACUCAGUGGUAGAGCAUUUACAUAGGAUUGUGUGCCAUCCAAUGCCAAAAUAGAGGUAAAGGACAGGUCACCCAAAGCUGGUCAGUCACUUUUGCCCUGCUUCCGAAGCCAGCAUUAUGCACCGUCUCCUGACCAGUGCCUCCUGGUUGUCAGGCACACUGUAAAAGGUCCCUAGUCUGUGUGGUGGCACAUGCCUUUAAUCCCAGCACUUGGGAGGCAGGGGCAAGCAGGUCUUUGCAACUUUGCAAUCAGUCUGGUCCUCAAAGGGGGUUCCAGGACAGCGGGGAACUGUUACUCAAAAUAAAAAACAAAAAAGCAUUAUCCAAGGAUUGAAAGCCUGCCUUAUGUUUUGUUGUAUCUGUUCAACACUUAUCUGUAACAUUUUAAUUAAUGAUUGGUUACUGUACUGUUGUGUAAAUACAUUUAUAUAAAUGUGUUUUUAAUUUGUAAAUAUAAAUUAAGUUGCCAUGUCACAUUUCUUUUAUAAAUCAUCAAAAAUCC